GAGGAGAGCACCGGUGAGAGGCUGCUCUGUGGUCGGCCGCGGCUCUAUUUAUGGCCUAACAUGUAGGGAGUGGCGGCGCUCGAGACGGCCGGGACUGAUCUGUGGAGCAGCGAAGGGCCCACCUUGACCGAGGGACGUAACAGACACUGCGGGCAGUGUUUGAAGAUGGCGCUGAACAACGUGUCCCUGUCCGCCGGCGAUCAAAGGACCCGGCGGGCCUACCGCGCGUCCCUCGGCGCCCUCAGCUCGUCGGCCUUAGAGCGGGCGAUGGUCUCCGGAGACAGCUUCCUCGUCGCCAUGCCCGAGGCUGUUCUUCCAGGACCCGCUCCUCGGCAGGCCGUGCGGCCGAGCGUUCGUACCGAGAGCCGUCGGGCGAGUGGAGGCGGCCGGAGCCCGACCCGCUUUAUAAGGGACCCCGAUGGGCGGAACCGGAGCCGCCAGGCCAGAUUCUCUCCGUACCCGGCCCCCGGGGUAAAACUGGAUCUCCUGAGGAGCUUGCUGCAGCAGCGGCUGGUUGCCAUUGGAAGUGUGAUCGCAGCCCGCCUCUCGGCUUAACACCUCCCCGGCCCCUCGGUUCGCUCUUAAACAAGGCCUCUAACAUCCUUGGCGCCUCGGCAGUCUUAUUUUCAGGGGGAUGUAUUCUCAUUGUAAUGUAAAAACACGUCCGGGUCCUGCGAAAACGGCCUAGUACAGGCCUAGUACGGAGGAGACUUGACCUUCCGAAUUCCCACGGUUUUAGGCGGCCAGAGUGGUUAGAUCAGGAAGUGGGUAGAAGGGAUUUUACGCUUAAGUCACCAAGUUGAACCACCCUUCCCAGAGGUUAGCAUUUUUUCACGCCUGGUGCACUCCAUCCCGACAACGGACCCAAAUUUCUCUGCUUUCCACAAAUCUUUUCUCCCACCCUGGCAGAUUCUCUUACUUUGAGACUUGUAAUUAGAGCUUGCUUGACUGCCUACCUCUCUACCCCAGAC